AUGGCUACGGCCAUUAAUCGCAUGAUCAAUAUCCUUGGGCGCUUAGUUGAGCGCCAGGGACCUGAACCAGUCAACCAACCUAGGGACCAAGAGAGGGGUGAAGAUAGAGCCCUGGAGCGAUUCCUGAAGUUCGCUCCACCUAAGUUCCAUGGAGGAUCUGAUCCCGAAGUAGCGAAAAAUUGGUUUGAAAGGAUGGUUAAUAUUUUCACUGCUUUAGAUUAUAACGAGGAAAGGCAAGUAAAUUUUGCCGUUUUCCAAUUUGAAGGGGCGGCACGCUCGUGGUGGAAUGUUGUUAGUGCAAAGUGGGAAAGAGAACAAACCCCUUGGACUUGGGUAAACUUUGAGAGGGAGUUUAAUGUCAAGUUCCUCCUGCCAAUUGUACAAGAAAAGAGGGAUGACGACUUUAUAAAGUUGAAACAAGGAUUAUUAAGUGUGGGCGAGUAUAAGGAACGAUUCACCAAACUUUCUAAGUUUGCCCCUGAGCUGGUAGUCACUGAACGGAAAAGGAUAAGAAGGUUUAUUCAGGGGUUAGAUGUAGAAAUCCAAGAAUCCCUAGCGGCUACCCAGAUUACCACUUUUACAGAUGCCUUGGAUAAGGCACAGAGGGUAGAAAAUGCUAAAUCUCAAUCUAAGGCUUUUCAUGCUAAAAAGAGGGGUAACCCAAGCGAUACCCCUAAACAGUCCGAGAGGUAUACCCAACCCCUUAAAAUAGAAAAAGGGGCCGGAGGAGUGAAGAUGCCUGAAAAACCCGGAGAAACUCCAUCAAGCGAAGUCCCGCCAAAAGGAAAUCAGGGUAGGCGAGGUCAACAAAAGGGGAAAUUUCAAACUAGUCAAGCCGUGACUCCCCAUAUAACUUGUGGAUACUAUGGCAAGAUUAACCACAUUGAGGCCGACUGCUGGAGAAAACAAGGAAAAUGUCUGAGAUGCGGUAGUACCGAGUAUAAGUUUUUGAAUUGUCCUAGAGCUUCUAAGGGCGAAGGAAAUUCUCAACAACCUACUAAAUCCACUGCAAAUCAGUCGAGUGCCAGAAGUAGUGAUUAA